UAGUCAAUGAAAUCGCCUACCUUCACGUCUAGUCUGGCAGCAGCUUCUCCGGUCGGGAAAACUGACGAAAGCGCCCCUAACCCAAUGGAAAACCCACUAUGCUAUUAUUGAUUUUCCCUGAAAAUGGCGCCCGCUGGAAAACAUAUGGACGCGAGCCAGUGAAUUUUGGCAAUAUGAAAUACACGUUCUGGUGUUUUGUCAUCGUGUUAACAUGUAGCUAUUGUGCUUCCGCUGAUAUGGACUUAUAUCCGGGACCGAGGUAUCCCCAACUGACCGAUCCAAAUAUUUAUGAUGACCUUCCCAUUUCAAGUAAUAGUUAUAACUCCCGUUUGGAAGAGUAUGAGGACAACACCAAGUCAGAUUCUGUUUAUGAUUCGCAGAAAUCGGAUGAUGAAGACCAAGUCUCGGCAAGAAAUACCCUGGAUGGAAUCCUGAAAUUUCUCUAUCGGAAGCAAAAUGGCAACUUGGACAACGUGGAUAAAAGACGUGUCUUCCCCAGAUUACUGCAAGAAGUACGACAAAACACGGAUCCUGAAGGUUAUGGAGAUGAAGAUUCCGAAGGAGACUUUAAUCAGAAAUGGCUCAACGAAGAAAUCGAACGCAACACGCAGAGGAUUCUGGAGAAGUGGCAAGAGAGCAGCAGAAAAAAAAUAGUUGAUCAUCUGAAAAAUUCAUACUAUCACGAUUCAAUGAAAACACCCAAGUAUGAACCGCGGCAUCAAAUUGUAGAAGAAGACCCUGCGCACUUCGCCUAUGUCCCUCCGGAUCCAAGAUACUAUGAAAAACAGGGCGAAUCAAUUUCAGUAACAGAAGCUCAACCUAUUGCUGUACCAAUACCACAAGCUAAUAAACCCUUACAUUCGGAAGUAAUCAACACAUCUGGGAAACCUAUAGAUGCACCACUGAGAAGAGAUCGCACUUAUCCUGAGAAUUCUUCUAAAAUCCAGUACCGACAUCAAGAUAUGCUUAAUGGCAGAGCUGCUGGUGAAGUUCUCGUUCAACCUAAAAAUCCAGAUGGCGAUGGCACUGGUCUAUACAUUAUAGCCAUCGUGGCAGGAAUCAGUGCUGCAGCAACUGUUGGUCUAAUAGCAGUUGGUAUAGGAUGGUACAACCUUCAGAAACACGCUAAGAAUGCAACAGACGUAGACUAUCCGGCAUAUGGAGUAACAGGUCCUAACAAAGAUGUUUCACCCUCAAACGAUAGAAAACUUGCCCAGUCCGCCCAGAUGUAUCAUUACCAGCACCAAAAACAACAGAUCAUCGCAAUGGAGAAGGCCGCAACUGGUGAUCGUCAUGGUUCAGUCUCAGAAGCAGACACCGAUGAGGAGAAUGAAGAAGGCGAUUACACUGUCUAUGAAUGUCCAGGUUUGGCACCUACUGGUGAGAUGGAGGUGAAAAACCCAAUGUACCAAGAUGAUCCCACCCCUGCCCAAACACCUCAAAUCAAACAAGGGAACAAGGAAUAAACAAAUUCGUGAAUAAUAUAAAAAGAAUUUUCAAGUCUAUCUAGCACUCUACUAAACACAACCUUUUUCCAUACAGCUUAACUUUUGAUUGAGCGUAUUUAUCAAUGUUCUGAGAAGACAUUGGAUAUUUCAUCACAUAUCUUCAAAAUGUGUUUCUUAAUUUCACUUCAUAUGUUAAUUUUUUCAUGUACAUCGUACAUUUGAAUGAAGAAAGAAUCUAGUGAAUUCGCUAGCUUCAGGAAAGUUUAUACCGAAAAAUAACCUCUUUGAAUUGAAAGAUAUUGAAUCUUUCUCUUUUAGAGUUCUCAUCUUUGAAAUAAAAGAAUGAGAAUCUAUGCUAGAAAAUUAUCUUCUGACACAAGAUGGGAAUCAAUAGAACAUUAACUUAGUUUCGAAUUGAUACAUUGUAAUUUCUGUAUAAAUGUGUAGAGAAUUCAGUUAAAACAUUGUGUUAUAGUAUAUUACAUAUAUUUUAAAAAUGUUGAUUAUUUUGAAGAUCUUAACAAUUAUAUAAUAGAAUAUGAAUAUUGAAUAUGAUGUACUUAGAAUUAUAUGAAACAAUAUAUGAAUGGAUCGAGUAAGUUAUUUUUGUCUCCUAGUAAGACUUCCCUAGAAGUUUGUAGUAAUAUUGUAAGAUAAUAUAUAUUUAUAUGAA